UGCAUUCCAAUUCAAUUGUAACUUAAUUUUUGAUUUUGUUUCGUUAAUUGUUUUUCGUUUAAUUGUUUCCAAUUAAUAGUUUUGUGGGCUCAAUGUAAAUUUACACUUAAAAAGUAACCCAAUUGAGUUUGUUUUCUUCCUUUUGAUUGGUAAUUAGAUUGAAAAUGUUACCAGUUUGUUUGAAAACCAUUUUUCUUGUUUCUUGUUUGUUAUUGUUGGUUAAUUUUACUAAAUUAAUUGGAGCCACAUUACAUCCGACAAUUAGUUUUAUUUCACCCGAAAAGGUUGUCCUUGUUGGCGAUACUGUUGACCUACAGUGUGCUAUCCAAUAUCCACAAGAUUAUCCAGUAAUUUGGGUUAAAAUUGACCGAGAAGAUCCAAGGAACACCCUGUUCAUUUCCAAGAAUGCUGGACUCUCUAUACCGGACAACCGAUACUCCAUUCGCCAUGAUGAUGCCAGUUACACUUACACUUUACAAUUGUCCAAAAUAAGAGAAACAGAUUCGGGAACUUAUGAGUGCCAAGUGAUCACAGGUACAGCCAGUAGAGUGACAGCUGAUGUUAAUGUUACCGUUCGAGUGCCACCGACAAUUGUUGACAAUAGUACUCGGGUCGUUACGACCUUUGAAGGAGCUUCAAUUGAGCUGGUCUGCUAUGCCACUGGACACCCUCGGCCUCUCAUCAGUUGGCGUCGACAAAACAACGAUAUUUUACCAACAGGAAGCUCCGUUUAUUUUGGUAACAUCCUGUUGAUCCACAAUAUCACCAAGGAGGACAGAGGAACCUAUUAUUGUAUCGCCAACAACAGCGUCGGAUUGGAGGCCAAACGUAAUGUUGGCGUUAGAGUUGAAUUCGCACCUUCAAUCACAGCACCAAUGGAUGUUUAUCGACAAGCUAUUGAUUACUCCCUUGAGCUCGAAUGUGUCACCGAGGGUUUCCCACUGGUCGAGGUUUAUUGGUUGAAAGAUCAUUAUCGUCUAAAUGACGCUACAGGCGUUGAAAUAAAUUCCGUACAAACUUCAAACGAGGUUUCGUCUUCUACUCUUCGUAUCGCCCGUUUAAAAUCCGAUGAUUUCGGUGAAUAUGUUUGCCAAGCGACCAAUAAACUCGGUUCAACAUCAAAAGUAAUUCGAGUUGAACAAAGUUCUGAACCGAUUUACCAUCAUGCUUAUUUAUCAUUAGCAUCUUCAUCAACGAACCUACAAAACUCAUACUUAUUAACACUCGCAACUGUGAUUGUUUUGAAACAAUUAACAAUCUAAAUUAUCUCAUAUCUCACAUGAAAUUAUGCCUUUUUAAUCAACGAUCAAAUCACCUUGUGAUGAGAAAUUAAAUAUUUCUCUCCCUUAAAUUUGACACCACUUUGCAUUCAACAAUUAACCACAAUUAACAUGACCAAGUUUUGCUGAAAAUGUUAACCAGUUAAUUGCUGUUAACUAAAUUAUCUUCAUUCCAUCCACCAUUCCUUUGCCUAGAAAACAAAAAUCUCACAAUCAAGACAAACUCACAAUCUACAAUUUGAUUAGCAACUUAAUCAAAUUUAUGAUUCAUCUAAUUGCAAUCAAUUUACUUUAUCUUCUAAUGGAUGAAUUUUUUUUUCAUAUACUCUCACGAAUCUCAAUUUUCAACAAUCAACAGCUCAUCAUAAUCAACUGUUGAUUGUCAAACUGUCAAUCCUGAUGAUCAAUCAUUUUUAUACUUUGGACUAUUGCCUGUUAAUUGCUCUCUUAAUCACUUUGAUUAAUAAUUAAAUUUCACCUUUUGUUUCAAUAGAACAAUAAAAAGUGGGACAAUUUAAUUUAAAAAGAUUUUAAUUGUGAAUUUGAUUCGAAGAUUGUUGAAAUUAA